UUUAAAACUAUUUUUUUUCCCUAGUUUUUAGUUUAAGUAUUUAUUUAUUCAUUGUAAAAGAGUGUUUUUUUAAUUAAGACAUAUUGUUUCAAACGCAAGUUUUAUUUUUUUACUUAAUUAAUUCAUACUUUUGUGCGGGUGUCGGUAUGAUUAUAGAUAUAUUUUAUUUUUAAUUAUUAAUUUUCCCAUUUAAAAAAAAAAAAAAUUUUUUUGGCACUUUUGGUUUUCCAUACAAACUGACAGUCCCAGUGAGCCAUGCGUCUGUCGCGCCCUCACACGCGUGUAUAAAGUCAGACUCCUGCAGCAGGUGCUGAUGGCGUAAGGCUUACAGCUGUGAGAUGACAACAUGUCUGCAGGAGAAUUAGACAAGAAGAACACCAUCGAUCUGAGGAAGAAGCACAUCGGACCUUCCUGUAAGAUUUUCUUCAGCCAUGACCCUCUUAAGAUUGUGCGAGCGAAGGGCCAGUACAUGUUUAAUGAAAAAGGCCAGCGUUAUUUGGACUGCAUCAACAAUGUGGCCCACGUGGGACACUGUCACCCAGAUGUGGUGAAAGCCGGUUCUCAGCAGAUGGAAGUCCUUAACACCAACACGCGCUUCUUACAUGACAACCUGGUACUUUAUGCAAAAAGGCUGCAGGCGACGCUGCCAGACAAGCUCUCCGUGUGCUACUUCGUCAACUCUGGCUCCGAAGCCAAUGACCUGGCCCUCCGACUGGCGUGGCAGUACACAGGACACAAGGAUAUUAUCACUUUGGAAAAUGCGUACCACGGGCACGUAUCGUCUCUCAUCGACAUCAGUCCGUAUAAGUUCCAGCAGCUGUCAGGUGCUGAGCAGAGUCAAUUUGUCCAUGUGGCCCCCAGCCCGGAUGUGUACCGAGGCAAAUACAGAUCAGACCAUGUGGAUCCAGCUACAGCGUAUGCAGACGAAGUCAGAGACAUUAUAGACCAAACCCACAAGAAAGGAGGCAAGAUUGCUGCUUUUAUUGCUGAGUCGUUGCAGAGUUGUGGUGGUCAGGUCAUCCCCCCUAAGGGUUACUUCCAGCAAGUGGCCGAUCACGUCCGCAAAGCGGGAGGCGUUUUCAUCGCCGAUGAGGUCCAGGUCGGCUUCGGCCGCGUCGGAUCUCACUUCUGGGCCUUCCAGCUCCAGGGAGAAGACUUUGUUCCAGACAUCGUCACCAUGGGAAAACCCAUCGGCAACGGACACCCUAUGUCAUGUGUGGUCACGACCAGGGAGGUGGCAGAGGCCUUCAUGUCUUCUGGAAUGGAGUACUUCAAUACAUUUGGUGGGAACCCGGUGUCCUGCGCCAUCGGCCUGGCCGUGCUGGAUGUGAUUGAAAAAGAGAAUCUGCAGGAUAAAGCUCUCCAAGUGGGUCAGUAUCUCUGCGAUCUGCUGGAGAAGCUGAAAGACAAGCAUCCACUGAUUGGAGACAUCAGGGGGCGUGGUCUCUUCAUUGGGGUGGAGCUUGUGAGGGACAGAGUGAUGCUGACUCCAGCUACAGCAGAGGCACAGGAAGUCAUCUAUAAGCUGAAGGAGCAGUUCGUCCUCCUCAGUGCAGACGGGCCUCAUCGUAACGUGUUAAAGUUCAAGCCCCCCCUGUGCUUCUCUACGGAAGACGCAGACCUGGUGGUGGAGAAGAUGGACGUCAUUCUGACAGAGCUGGAGAACGCGUUAGGAUUAAAGAUGAACAACAUCAUGAAUGGAGGGAGUGAAGAACACCAGCAGGCGUCGGCUGAUGAAAACGGGCCGAACCGGAGAGGUUUCACAAAAACGAAUCAAGGAACGCCACAUCCCAGCAAACGACUCAAAACACAUUGAUGCCAACAGAGAAACCCCUACUUUUUAAAAAUGAUUUAAAAAAAUGAAGGACAGUUAAUAUUCAAUCAUUUGCAGCAUCAAAUGCUGAUGCAGGAGAUCCUUUCUUACCUGAAAUACUAUGCAACAAUUGCGAUCACACUUUUGUAUCUAACUGCAAAAAUAAAUAAAAUGUUUUCAUUUUA